AUGUACAGCUGUCUCUGGGUACCAAAUGCGAAUAAAUUCUUUCUCGGUGCUUCGAUUGGUGGAUACUGGCUUGUGGGUGGUGAGCAUGUUACGCUGUCUGGAUGGUUCUUCAGCAAGAGGCCCGAAGAAUACCAAACCAUCGGCAAUUGCGCGGAAACAUAUCCCAUAGUUCAUCUCUUACGCGGACUUAAUGCGACUAAUGGAAAUGUUCGCGGCCUCGCUCUAGCAAAGAAAGCGCUGAGGGCAUCGCAGUAUGAAAACACCCUCAGCGGCCGUUUUCGGAAUGCAGUUACCAAUCCAUGCAAGAAUUGCCAGUUUCUGGUUGAGCUACAUGGAGGAGACUUGCAGAACUUCUGUCGUUUUGCUGGACCUAAUGACCCGAACGCACGAGUCAACCUGGUUAUCGACGAGGAGCUGGGCUUUGUCGUGACCAACGGCAUUGUUCCUGGCAAGGUCUAUCCCUACUACGGCAAUAUCUCCCCAUUUAUCUCCCCAUUUAUCCCAGACUCUAUGACUGCGAACCAGAAAGCGCAGGAAGUAUAG